GUUUGAACAGAGAGAUGAACUGUAGCUACGAACACUUGUUAGCUGCUGAGUUUAUGGCCGAUGUGUUCAACCAUGCGCGUUGGUCACGUGAUUUGAAAGUAAUUACACUUCGUACUAGUUGGCUACUCUCACAAAUAAAAAUCCACGAGAGUCCAAUUGUUUGGAACUCAUGGUGGGCCCAGUGGUGGCCUGGAAGUGAGUGAUCGGCAGAGAGCGAUUUGACUGGGGCACCGCUACAACCGUGGCCCGCGGGCCAGGGUGUAUCCUGACCACAGCAUAACUUAGGAACUGUUGUGAAGACAAAAAUAAAUGACUACAGACACACAUAUGCGGUCCGCAGCAUGAUCUGUGAGAUGGAAUGCCACUGCAGUAUGCCUCCAGAUGGCCAUAAUGGACGUCGUACAGGACACGAGGUAGAAACGAACAUGCUUCUACCACAUGGCGUAGUCCUUCAAUAUGGGGUGAACAUUCAUUACUUUGCAACCAAAACGACCAUGGACAUGUCAACCUGCGUGUUAUUAUCAUCUGAAGGCUCCACUGCAUACACAGCUCUUGUCAAUGCUGGCCUAUCUCCACGUCUCUUCCUCGAAGUUGAGGCAAAAGAACGACUUCUUGAGUGGAAGAAGAAAUGGGAGGAGGGGGAGAGGAACCGCGUGUCACUAGAGGAUAAGCUGAAGAAACUUCAAGUUGAGGCGGAGCAGCAAAUUUCCGCCCCAGACAAGGACACGAAAAUUAUCUGGCUUAUGAACACACUGAAAAAAGCCAGCAAGGAAGCCGAUGAAAUCCAGAUCAGGUUACUACUGGAGCAAAGCGAGAGAGAAAAGGUUCAGCAAGAACGCUCCAAGCUUGAAGAUGCGGUUCAGAAGCUGCAGCAAGAUCUCAGCUCAUAUCAGCAGCAGCUGCUGAUGCGAGAGAGUGAGAAUAGAACCAUGAGGAACGAGCUGCAGGCCCUGCAGACCAAAUUCAACGACCAAACAGUCCUUCUUAACGACUGCACACGGAAGCUACAGGGUGCGCAGGGAUUCCUGAGCAAAGCCGAUACGCUGGCAGAGCAAAGUCGUGCUUAUUCAGGUAUGUCUAGUCCUUCGGUUUGCAAUUCACGAGAACAUCAUACGGUUACAUACGCAAUGGUUAACUCCAAAACAUAUGCAUAAUUCAAAUUUUGACGAACAUGAACUGAUAAUUGCCUCUUUGCAGGCGUGCACCUUUGAUA